UUUUCGAGAAACUUAAGGGAUAAACGAGGCUCACGGGAACGAGACAAAAUGGCCUAACUCAUGUCGGCAAAUCUCUAAUCUGGAGCCAAAAGAGAGUUGAUAUGCUAGCGAAGCGAAGCAUUUCACUUGUUAGCAAAUAUCAGGUGAUUAUUAGACCAUCAAGAUGCUUGUGUAGUGAGGUUGUUCAGUAUAAACUGAAAGAAGAAAGAUUGAAUCAGAUUGCAAAGUCGCCAAGUGGAUGGGUCCCACCAGCUGACAAUCCACCAGAUGUUGGUUUUGGUAUCAGGCGCACAAGGACUAAUAAUCUGCCAGUAUAUACACACUAUUCACACAGUGGCACAAGAGCUGUUACAGUUAUUCGCAAGGUUUCUGGAGAUCUAAAGGAAUUAGAAAAGUGUCUGAGAUUCAAACUUGGUGAUGAAAAGACUUACCAAAUUAAUGAAAUUACUAGUUGUGUUAAAGUGAAAGGAAAACACAAGAAAGAAGUAGCAAAAUGGCUUCUUCAGAUGGGUUUCUGAAAAAUAGGUGCUCAGCCAUUGUAUAUAUCAAUAGCAAUUGUAAGUUGUCAACAGUGUGGACAUAUGCAGACUCAGUUGUGGAUCAGCAUGCUUUUCAUAUCAUCAUGAACUGAAAUUACUGCUUAAAAGUUGUUUCAAAUAUUUUGUUUUUUUUUAUGAGAUAUGUAACUUGGUGAAACGAAAAUUUCAUGUGAGAUCAUUAAAUUCCAUUGUUUAUCAUGAAAUGUAGAACUACCUACC